UCUCCUUGGCUUUAUGAGGUCAGAAAUCAUUUUGAUCUGAAGCAGGAGGUGAAGGAAGAACUCAAAUCUGUCUGGAGGACUCUUCAGUUUUUGUGUGGACAAACAGCAGGGUCUGACACGGUUCAUGGCUGAUCGGGUGCUUGUGAUUGGCAGUGGAGGGAGAGAACAUGCACUGGCCUGGAAGUUGGCCCAGUCUCCACAUGUAAAACAUGUGUUUGUUGCUCCAGGAAAUGCAGGAACAGCUGACAAUGGAAAAAUUUCAAAUUCAGCUGUAUUAGUGAGCAAUCACACUAUUGUUAUCCAGUUCUGCAAAGAUCAUAACAUUGGACUUGUGUUAGUUGGAGAAGAAGCUCUUCUGGCAGCUGGGAUUGUUGAUGACUUGAGAGCAGCAGGAGUUCGGUGUUUUGGUCCAUCUGCAAAAGCAGCCCAGCUGGCAUCCAACACCAGUUUUGCCAAAGCCUUUCUGGAUCGACAUAGGAUCCCAACAGCAAGAUGGAAAGCCUUCACCAAUCCUCAGGAAGCUUGUAGAUUUAUUAUCAGCACAGACUUUCCUGCACGAGUUGUACGAGCAAGGGGCCCUGCUGCUAGAAAAGAAGUGACUAUUACAGCCAGCAAAGAGGAAGCCUGCAGAGCUGUCCAAGAGAUUAUGCAGGACAGAAUGUUUGGAGAGAUGGUUGUUAUUGAAGAACUCCUUCAAGGGGAAGAAAUUUCUUGCUUGUGCUUCACGGAUGGUGUCACUGUUGCUUCAAUGCCCCCAGCCCAGGCCCACAAACGAUUGCUGGAUGGUGACCAGGGUCCAAACACUGGAGGGAUGGGAGCCUACUGCCCAGUUCCUCAGUUUGAUGUUGAUCAUCAGGUUCCAGAAGUUCUUCUAGAGAAAAUCAAUGAUGCUAUCCUUCAACAUGUUGUUGAUAGUAUGAGACAAGAAGGAACAGCAUAUGUAGGUGUGCUGCAAACAGGUUUAAUGCUUACCAAAGAUGGUUUGAAAAUUUUGAACUUUAAAUGUCAGUUUGGUGACCCUCAGUGCCAGGUAAUUCUUCCACUGCUUAAAAAUGAUUUUUAUGAAGUGAUUCAAGCAACAAUUGAUGGCAAACUCUGCAGCUUCAUGCCAGCCUGGUCAGAAAAUAGUACAGCUGUGUGUGUGGUCAUGGCAAGUCCAGGAUAUCCAGGAGACUAUGACAAAGGCAUGGAGGUGACAGGGCUGCUGCAAGCCAAAGAAUUAGGGCUGCAGGUCUUUCAUGCUGGCACAACGCUGAAGGAUGGCAGAGUGGUGACAAGUGGUGGCAGAGUCCUCUCCAUUACUGCUGUUAAGGAGGACCUGAUGAAAGCACUGGGAGAAGCCAACAGGGGUGUAGCAGCCAUACGUUUCAAGGGUGCCACUUACAGGAAGGACAUUGGCCAUCGGGGUAUACAGCUUCUCAAGCAGUCUCUGGGUCUAAUAUACAAGGAGAGACAUAUGGAAGCUGUAACCAGUGAAAUUUUGUUUCAUCAGCUGGAAACAUCAAUUGUAAGUGGUACCAGAUCAGGCUGUCAUUCAGAAAUAGGAGGCUUUGCUGGUUUCUUUGACUUGAAAGCAUCUGGUUAUGAGGAUCCUAUCUUGGUAUCUCGAGCUAAAGGCCUUGGACCUAAACUGCAGAUUGCACAAGUGUGUAAAAGACAUGACACCAUAGGUCAGGACCUGCUUGCCAUGUGUGUCAAUGACAUCCUGGCUCAAGGAGCAGAGCCUCUCUUCUUCCUCAGUUAUUUUGCCUGUGGCAAACUUGAUGCUGAAGUGACUGAAACAAUCAAAGAAGGAAUAGCUGAAGGUUGCAGAAAUGCAGGAUGUGCUUUCCUGGGCAGGGAGAUGACUGAGGUGACUGGCAUGUACUCUUCUGGAGAGUAUGACCUGGCUGGCUUUGUGGUUGGUGCAGUGGAGCGAGGGCAGAUGCUUCUGGGGCUGCAGAGAGCUGAGGAGGAGGAUGUGCUUAUUGGACUGGCCUCUUCUGGGAUUCAUGGCCGUGGCUUUAGCAUCAUAAGGAAGAUUCUCUUAAUGUCCUCCUUACACUACUCCUCACCAGCACCUGGCAGUUGUGGUGACAAGACUCUAGGAGAUAUGCUGCUGACCCCAGCAAAAAUGUACAGUCCAUCUUUGCUGCCUGUCCUUCGCUCAGGGCACGUGAAGGCUUUUGCAUUCAUUGCUGAGGAGGGGUUGCUGGAAGGCAUCUCCAGAAUUCUGCCAGAACAUGUCAGUGCUGUCCUAGAUGCUUUCAGCUGGAAGAUUCCUGAAAUCUUUUGCUGGCUUUACAGAGAGGGAAACCUCUCUGUGGAGGAGAUGGCUCAGACGUUUAAUUGCGGGAUAGCUGCAGUGCUGGUUGUGCAGAAGGACCUGGCUCAGCAUGUUCUCAAGGACAUACAGCGACAUGAGGAAGCUUGGCUGAUUGGGAAAGUUGUUGCCCCUUGUGAUACAGGUUCUCACAUCGAAGUCGAGAAUCUUCUAGAAGCUCUGCAGAGCAGCCCCCAGCAUCUGCUGAAUAACGCUGUUGUUGAGAGUCAACACCAACCCAGAAAGAACAAAGUUAAAGUAGCUGUUCUCAUCUCUGGAACAGGCACAAACCUUGCUGCACUCAUCAGUUACGCAAAAGAGCCAGGCAGUUGUGCUCAGGUUGUCCUUGUCAUCUCCAACAAGUCUGGUGUUGAAGAACUACGAAAUGCAGCCCGGGCUGGAAUUCCCACCAGGGUGAUUGAUCAUAAGUUAUAUGGGAGUCGCUCUGAAUUUGACAGCACCAUUGACCAAGUUCUUGAAGAAUUUGCUGUUGAACUAGUAUGUCUUUCGGGAUUUAUGAGAAUUUUGUCCAGUCCUUUUCUCAGAAAAUGGAAAGGGAAAAUUCUGAAUGCUUCCCCAUCACUUUUCCCACCAAUAAAGGACAGAAAUGCCCAUCAGCAAGCCCUGCAAGGUGGACACAAAGUCACAGGCUGCACUGUGCAUUUUGUCCUGGAGGAAUCUAGUCCGAAAGCUAUGAUCCACCAGGAGCCAGUAUCUGUGAAGGCAGAUGACACGGAGGAGAUGCUGUCAGAAAGGGUUAAAGAAGCUGAGUGUCGGGCUUUUCCUAUUGCCCUGCAGCUGGUGGCCAGUGGAGCAGUGCACUUAGGAGCUGAUGGUAAAACAUACUGGAGACAAGAGAGCCAAGGUCUGUGUCUUCAGGAAGAGAAGAGAGACUGCACAUCCUCUCCCGUGGCUCUAGAGCCUCAAGAAAACAAUGUGGUGUAGCCAGGUUAACAAGUGGCUUGCUGUCUGCUCAUCUUUCCCUCUUCUCUCCUCCUCUAUGCCCUUGAUGUGCUCCUUUUUGACUGCAGGCAUAUCAUUGUCACAGGUUUCCAUUCUGAGCCGUGAUCCCUUUCCGUUAGCUUGCAGCUUUAGUUACACUUGUUUUGCGAAAUUGGCAGCGGAAGCCAAACUCUCAUUCCAGAUUUUGAAUUUUUGUUCUGUUCUUUCAUCUGUGAAGGAGAUGCUGUGGUACAAAUCAAAGAAGGGGCUUAAGAUGUAAAAGUGGCCUAGUGCUUUAGAGGGAAAUCAGUCCAAGUUUUGUUGGCUGCAUCACCACGAUGCAGAGCACCAGGAGCUUCAGAAAACAACCACAAAUAGGAGCCAGACAUGUCUGGGCAGAUCAGAAGUGAGGUACAGCCUGGCACAGUGUGGAUUUGUGGGUGAACAAGCAUUGAGAAUGAAUGUAUAGUUCUGUGGGAGGAGGUGGGAGCCUAGAAGGACCCCAUCCUUGUGAGCCCCACCACUGUGGGAGCACCUCAGGGUGCAGAGAAGAGGAUACAUAAACAAGCACCAGUGUGGGAGCCAGAGUCUAGUGAACUCCCAAGCAGAAGACCCAAAGGCCAAAAGGCAGGGAACCUUAAAAGGCAAACCAAACUGAAACAACCCCACCUUCACAGAUUGUCAGUAUGAUGUGACAGUGCACACUGAACAUACAACUAGACACUUUUUCCUGCUCCUUGAAAGGGAGAGGCGCAGAGACAUUCCCAGAGUUCCAGAUUAAAACAUCUGGAUCUUGAGGGAUGAAAAUUUGAUUGGAGGACUAGAAACACAAAUUUCAGGCAUUUUUCUUCCCUCGUCCUUGAAAUCAGCAGAACAAGGCAUGCUCAGCUUAACUUACAACAGCAGGAAAAUCUCUUUGUUGACUGAAUGACCGGCUUGGUCCAGAGUCACUGCUGUUAAAUAAAGCCUUUUCUGUGGAAGCUAUUUUAUAGCUGCCAGAAUAAUGACUUCCAUGCAAGUAACAAACCAGAGGAGGAAUGUUAGCUAAGAAGCUACUUGAACAAAUUAGAAAAGAAGUAGCCAGAGCUAGUUUUCCAUUGGAGAGAUCCCUAAUAUCCAUCAGAUACAGUGAAAAAAAUGUAUUCUUAUUUUGGUAUUACACAUACUGUACUAGUGAGGGACAUACUGUAUAUUCCCCUCUUGGCUUUAUCAGGCUGUUCGAGAGCAUGAGUCAGAUACAGUUAAAAGUCUAAAUUUGUCCUUUCUUUUCUAAAGCAUAGCUAAUGGUGUUUCAGUAGUUGGGGAGGGAGAAAAAUUUGGUUCCCUACUGUGAGGUCUGCAUACAGAAAUCUGUAUCUGUCUUUUGCACUGCAAUGACUGGAGAAAGGAAUAUGUGUUUUUCAUGACCUGGGAGAAAUAAGAAGAUCUGUAACUAGGCAAGAUUAAGAAAUGUUUGGUAUAUAGAGAUACUUUUUUAUGAUAUGCACAUUGCUUAAUUUGCUUUUGGUUUGUGGUAACUCUGUAGAAACUUCCUGUUGUGUAUUAUUUGAAUUGCAUGGCAUGCAUGACUGAAUGUUCCAAACGUCACAAAUAAAAUGUUAAAAGAGAACAAGGCGCAAGUUAUGGUUUCCAGACAAUCACCAUGGUAUCAAACAACUCCUUCUCCAGUCAUGCUGCUGGCAUCCCUCUGAGGUUGGGUGCCGUAUAUUAUUAAUCUAUUAUUAUAGAUUAUAUAUUAAUCUAUCUACUCUUUAUACAGAGUGGUAAUUGAAGCAAAGAACUGGAUCUAAGAUCCAGUUCACACUCACAUUUCUUUUCAUGCAUUUGUAGAAAUACAGGUAAGUGCUAAAACCCCAUUUGCCAUCAGCUUUAGAUGGCAGAACACCCUACUCCCCCUCAAGCUGUCUGUGAUGAAACAGGGUGUUUGAACAUCUGAGCCUUCUGUUGGCCUUCCUGGCACAGAUCAAACUGCUUUUAUCAGUAUUGUACUUAUUAACUGUAAGAGUAGUGAUUUCACCUCUAGUGGUCUUAACUUCCUCUAACUUGUGAGUUAAGUACAAUUUGUUUUGACUUGCAGAUGGUUUACUUUGCAAUGUAGCUCUGGCACUGAGCUCGUGCGGGCUGAGCCCCUGCCAGGGCUGGACUCUCCCUGCAUCUUCUGCAUCCUCACUGAGCCAGGCUGGAUUUCAAACCUCGGUGGGCAGUUUGCCUGUGGGGAUGCCCUUCUGUGGGAGGGCAGGUUUGUAAAGAAAAACUCUGGGAUGAAGACUUGGCUUUUACUCUUUGGCCUUUACAAGCAAAUCAGAUUGGACCAUGUCGUUUUCCUCUGUAUUGGCUUGAGCUUUAUCCUCAGUGACAAACAAUGACAGGAAUAUCUUGUCAGCAAGUUUCUUCAUCACGGACCAGCUGGCCACGGACACAGUAAGGUCACCACACUCAGUGAAUUGUUCCUGACUUACAC